GUCUUCCAACGUGACCACACACACCCCCCUGGCCGUCGGGAGCGCGCGUGUGGCACACCCCCCUUUGACCGUCGGGAGCGAGCCAAAGGCACACACCCCUCUGCUGUGUCCUCACUCAGGACGGAAGUGAGUCCAUUUUUUCCCCCUCAGUCUGAUAAGAGCGGCUCGAGGAGCUGCAGCCCGUGCAACGCGCGCCCAUGAGAGGGCAAUACGUUAUGUUUACGUGAGUGUGUGUCCGCCUCGUUGCAAACAACAACAACAACCGAGAAAACGAGAUGGCUUCCUUCCCAGACUCUGACCUGCAGACGUGUCCGCUGUGCAAGGAGCUGUGCGGCUCCUCCGCUCCCAUCUCCUCCAGCUCCUCUACCUCGUCCUCCUCCUCGCACACCUCCAACUCCUCCAGCCACGCCACCAAGAGGCUCCACGUCCUGCCCUGCCUGCACGCCUUCUGCAGGCAGUGCCUGGAGGGGCAGCGCAGCCCCAGCGACCCGCUGAAGCUGCGAUGCCCCACCUGCGACCAGAAGGUCUCCAUCUCCGAGGCCGGGGUGGAUUCCCUGCCUUCCUCCAACUUCCUCUUCAGCAACCUGUUGGACGUGGUGGUGAGCUCGGAGGACCAGAUCCAGAACAAGAACGGCCACCAUCACCUGGGCGGCCUGAUCGGGGGCUCCUCCGGCUUCCACCCCUCGCACGGCGGCCUGCUGCACGCGCAGCACAUGGGCGAGCCCCAGUGCAGCUCCUGCGACGAGGAGAACCCAGCCACGUCCCACUGCCUCGACUGCCAGGAGUACCUCUGUGACAACUGCGUGCGGGCGCACCAGCGCGUGCGGCUGACCAAAGACCACUUCAUCGAGCGCCUGGGUGAGAGCCUCCACCUGAGCCGGGUGAACUCCAACAGCAGCGCGGGGCAGCCCGGCGUGUCUGUGUCCCUGGCCCAGUCCCUGCAGAACAACUUUGCCCUGCUGUCCCUGUUCCAGGACCGGAUGAGCUUCUGCCAGCACCACGACAACGAGGUGUUUCUGUUCUUCUGUGAGACCUGCUCGGUGCCCAUCUGCAGGGAGUGCAGCGUCAGCCGCCACAUGGGCCACACCUUUGUCUACCUGCAAGACGCCGUGCAGGACUGCAGGGCCAUCACCAUCCAGCUGCUGGCAGACGCUCAGCAGGGACGGCAGGCUGUCCAGCUAAGUAUGGAAAAAGUCCAAGCCAUGGCAGAGCAGGUGGAAAUCAAGGCCAAGGUGGUGCAGACUGAAGUCAAAGCUCUCGUCCUGAGACACAAGAAAGCACUGGAAGAGCGAGAAUGUGAGCUUCUGUGGAAGGUGGAGAAGAUCCGUCAGGUGAAGGCCAAGUCUCUGUACCUGCAGGUGGAGAAACUCCACCAGAGUCUGACCAAACUGGAUAGCACCAUUGCUGCUGUGAGCCAGAUACUGGAUGAGGGCCACCACCUGGACGUGCUGCUGGCCCGGGAGAGAAUGCUGACUCAGAUCCACGAGCUGAAGACUCUCAGGGGCCUGCUGCAGCCACAAGAGGAUGACCGCUUUAUGUUCACUCCUCCAGAUCAGGCUCUGUACAUAGCCAUCCAGUCCAUGGGUCUGAUCAGCAGCGGCGCCUUCGCCCCCGUCACCAAAGCCCACGGUGAAGGCCUGAAGAAUGUACUCCGUGGGAAGCCCGCAUCCUUCACCGUUAUCGGCUACGAUCACGACGGAGAGCCACGGUUGUCCGGCGGGGAUCCUGUGUCGGCGGUGGUGAUGUCGGUCGCAGACGGCUCUCUGUCUGCGGUGGAGGUGACGGACCACCAGAACGGCUCCUACACGGUCAGCUACCUGCCGAAAACCGAGGGGGAGCACCUGGUGUCGGUGUUGGUGUGCAACCAGCACAUCCAGGGCAGCCCCUUCAAGGUGACCGCCAAGUCAGGGCGGAGCUACGGGUCGCUCGGGUCUCAGGUGUCCUCCUUCGGAUGUGAGGGGGAGGGGGACGGCCAGCUGUGUCGUCCCUGGGGCAUCAGCGUGGACAAGGAAGGAUACAUCGUGGUGGCGGACCGCAGCAAUAACCGCAUACAGAUAUUCAAGCCUUGCGGUGCCUUCCACCAUAAAUUCGGCUCCUUGGGGUCGCGGCCUGGUCAGUUUGAUCGUCCAGCUGGGGUUGCCUGCGACAGUCAGAGACGGAUCAUUGUGGCUGAUAAGGACAAUCACCGCGUUCAGGUGUUUACGUUUGAGGGGCAGUUCCUGCUGAAGUUUGGGGAAAAAGGCACCAAGAACGGGCAGUUCAACUAUCCCUGGGACGUGGCUGUCAACUCUGAGGGGAAAAUCUUGGUCUCGGACACCAGGAACCACCGCGUGCAACUCUUUGCCCCCGACGGCUCCUUCCUUAACAAGUACGGCUUCGAAGGGGCUCUGUGGAAACACUUUGAUUCUCCCAGAGGAGUAGCCUUUAACCACGAAGACCACCUUGUCGUGACCGACUUCAACAACCACCGGCUUCUGGUCAUCCGGCCGGACUGCCAGUCGGCUCGCUUCCUGGGCUCAGAGGGAACGGGGAACGGGCAGUUUCUUCGUCCCCAGGGCGUCGCCGUGGACCAGGAGAACCGCAUCAUCGUGGCCGACUCCCGCAACCACAGAAUCCAAGUGUUCGAGCCCAAUGGAAACUUCUUAUGCAAAUUUGGCACUCAGGGGAGUGGCUACGGACAGAUGGACCGCCCCUCCGGGGUAGCCGUGAUGCCCGACGGAGUCAUUGUGGUCGUUGACUUUGGAAACAACCGCAUUCUCAAGUUCUAAAAGAAAAGAAAUCGUGAUUUUUAGUUAUUUUGCAUUCUCUCCCUCUGUUUGCUCUUUUUGCAGUAAUUUUCCACAAUGAAGGAAAUGGAGAGGAGAGAAUCAAUCAACAGAAAGUCAGGGUGUUCAGAGAGGACUGAGAACUUGCUACAAAGACGUUUUUCAUGUUUGAUACUAUUUACCAAAACACAUGUCUAGUUUAUACAAUGGGGACCUUUCCAAAUGGACUCGUAGCAGCUCUCAGUCCUCUCUGCAGGCCCUUCUUUAAGAUCCGUCUCAGGGAAUUCUUUCACUUGUUGAAAUCUCAUACCCUCUGCUCUAUACCUACCUCAUUUAGCUCUUUAUGAAUGUACUCAUACUCACUGAGCAGAGGUUUUAGUCCGUGAAGUUUUACAAAGAAGAAACGUCUACCUCUAUACUUUAUUUAAGAGACAUAAAAGUAGAUUAUUGGGUUGAUAUUUGCACAGGAUUCAAGGAAUUCUUUCUGUGCAUUUAUAGUCUGAGUUAACGUGAACCUCCUGAAUGUUGUUGCUGAGACAAUACUCAGACCGCUGUAGAGGCUGCAUAAUUGAUUCUCAUUAGAAGGCUUGGCUCAGAAAAGAAGACGAGGGUAAGUAGUAAGUAGUGUCCUUUCCGGUUUUUAGACUAGUUAUGGGUCCCCCCCCCCUCUUAGAAAAGUAGAUUGACCCUUUUCUCCAUUUAGCUCAGUGGAGUUUCUAAUGUCGCGAUUGCCGAGCAAGACUGUGAGAAGCAACGCCAAACUCGAUGGAAUCAAAAUUAGCUCAGGUCAUCAUGAAACUGGUCCGAACGGUCAGUUCUUUUUCAGGCUCUCCUUUCCUUGCUGACUAAUGCUGAUUUAAUGAAUUUAUUAAUGAGUAGAAAUAGAAAGCGUAGAAAAUCAGCUCUAAAAUAUCCCCUGAAAUGAGAGAUCUUUUGACCAUUGUCCCCAAACGUAUAUCACAAGACUGGGAUGAUGUUGCGUUUCCGCUGAAGAAAGAAAAAGUUAAUAUGCAAAGAAAGCAUCGUCUUCUUCAAACGAGAAGAUCCGCAGAAAGAUUAGAGUUGAAUCUUUAGAGAACUCGACGUGUUCCUCGUGUUAUCGUAGAGAUGUAAUUAUAGAAGUGAAUGCUACUUUUUAAACGAGGCAUGCUGUUUGACAAAAGCCUUCAGAAGUAGACGCCUGAUUUGGCCGUCCAGAGGACAUUAAUGACAUCAGAUUACAGACCUAAUAUAAUAUAACAAUCUCUUGGAUUUAGAUUGUGGUUUAAAGCCACAGCCUUUGGCUCCUAGGGCCAAAGAUUUAGUGCUGUCCAAUGAGAGGGCAUCAUCACAAAGCCCUACCCUAUUUAUUUAUCCUUAGAAUAAAAUAAAAUAAAACAAAAAGUUAGAAUAAAACAAAAAGAACGCCUUCUGAUUGAGCGUUAAGUAGACAGGUUCCUCUAAAGACGGAGGUCUACAGACCAACUACUAGAGUCAACCAAAGUUAGUUUCUGCACAAAGGCCAACUAUAAAUUUCCAUUUAAAGGAUCUUAAAAUCCCUUUGAACACUUUUUUCUUUAGUUAUUCUUGUUUGAAAUGCUUAACGUUCUUACAACUCAUGGAGUUUAGUUCAUCGCACCGUCUACAUUAAACUUUGAAGAAAUGCGGUGCUCAGGUCCCAGGUCAUUGAGUACUUCCUCUUGCUGCCAAGACCCUUAAGCCCUGGCUGUGGGAGCAAAAUGUAGAAAGUUUCUGUCUCGCAGAGGUGCUCAUUUGAAAAAACGAAAUACCCGCACCAAAGACAAACCCUUGCAUUUUCCACCCAAGCCCAUUCAGCAGCACCAUAGUUUUAGAUCCAUUAGACACAGAGUAGCAUCUCUUUCUACCCACUUGCCUCCAUCCCUACUGGUGAUCCCCCUUGCCCAUCCGUCUCUGUUCCUCUGGAAGCAUUUGACAAUUUAUGGCUAGUUUCCCAGCCUGGCAUUAAAACAAAAAUCUACAUAAAAAGUCUUCAGGCCGACUCUCACUUCUGAGAGGACGUUUGUCAGGAGAACCUGGAGCUUUAGGUCCACAUAUCUUGGAUAACUUUUACCUCAAUGUUUUCACUAUAUUACUUGUAUACCUCAACUUCUGAAUACCUCAAGUUUGUCGCUCACGGUUACGGUGCAUUUAAACAUUGUAAUUCCUUCUGAAUACCUCAGUUUUACUCUUCUUGAAGGACUUUCUUUUUUUUCUUUUUUUUUUACCUCACAAAUAUCUCCUUGUAUGACAGUUCAGCACAAGGACCAAAGAUGGUUGUACUGUUGUGAGUUGAACCAGAACUGGUAUAAACAGCUUUUGUGUCAGCUUAAUCUACUGUAACCUGCCUGGUUAAAUUAUUGCCAUUUUUAUCAGCAACAAAACAAAUCGCUUUCCGAUGCUAGCAUUGUGCCAAAAAUGAUCUGUGGAGAGUUCUGUGCCAAAACAGGAUUGGCAUUUGGACCAUGGUGUUUUUAGACAAAGUGUCACUGGACCAUUAUACGCAAAGGUUAAAUCAGAGCAACUGUGGAUAAAUCCUCCUCCUCUGGUUUUGAUGCACUUAAUAGGGCUGGGCCCCAUUUAUCUUUACCUCACACUGAUGUUGAACAUACAGGUUUCCAUGGGGAACAUGUCGCUGUGCACCAGGGAUGAGGGGUUAGAGGAAAACUGGUCAAAGUGUCAUUAAAUGCAGAUGAAUUACCUCACAUUUUAGCACAAUUUACCAAUCCAUCAGUGUGGAGUUUUAGGACGCUUGAGAUUGGUUGAAACGAGUCCAUAAUCUACCAUUCACCUCAUGGGUGUGACAGCAGGCUGGCUCAUUGUUUAAAGGGAUAUUUCUCGUUUUAUCACAAGGAUUCCUUAUAAACCAACUCUUUAAAACUAACCGGAGGUUGAGUAAACUCUUGCACUGCAUCACUUUUAGUUCUGAUAUUGGUCACUACGAGGCAUGGGUCCGUAUUAUAUUCACAUACUAUGACUGUCUUGAGUAAAAACACCGGAAUAUUAAUUUAUUUACCCAAAAAGCAAAACAAAAAAAAGUAACAUCAAAUGAAUUUUCAAGCAACAAAACAUGUUAAUUUAUACAGUUAAAUAUCAUCAACAUAUAAUGUUAUUUUGAGUUUUAUGUUUUUACCUUGACUUGGCAACGCAAGUGUAACAAACUGCAGUUAGCGGCUUAAUUGGUUGGGCCAUUCACUCCGUUAGCUAGCCUGCAGUGCUGAUGAUAGCUUGCCAAGGGUAGUUACAAAACAGCAUUACCUUCGUGAGAUCGAUGGGGAUGUUUUCUACACCUUUAAAUGUCCAAAUUAGCUCAUCUUUUAAGAAACCUCUCGGCAAGGUGAGCAGCAGUGUGCAACAACGGGGUGGUGAAAACUUCCGGUCACACUGGCACUUUUUUCUGUCAUCUCAUUAAAAGACGUCAGAACUGCAGGAAAAGCAUGACGGAAAAUAUUGGCGACUUGUGCAACCAAGUUUGUACCUCAGUACCCUAAACUAGCCCAUGCUUCGUCACUACAUUUUCUGAAGCGUGUCCGUGUUUCAGCACAGACAUGUUGAAACAUGAACGUUACAUCAACACUGACGCUAAAGAGAAAUAUCCCUUUAAAUCGGACAAUAGGCGGGAAAGUGAGCCAGCUUGAGUCUUCAAAAUCCUGCUGCUUUGAACACACCAAUAACAUUAACGUUUUUUUUUUUUUUGCUUUUCAGUAUUACUCUGACAUGUUCACUCAAUGUUGCAUCAGGUUUUUUUUCUUGUACUUUUUUUUUUUUUUAUUAAGAUUGCAGAAUUCUAUCUUUAAGAUCCUUAGGUCUUCACUCUUAAAGAGGAAAAAUGUAUUUUAAAAGUUUAUUUGUAUUUCAUUUUGUUGCAUGCUUUAAAAGUUCUUGUAUUAUACUGAUGUCUCCCAGAUAGGUGUUGAAAGGCUCAGAUAGGGUGGGUUGCUGAUUUUUGGGAUUUCUUUUUUGUUUGUUUUUCAAAAAAAAAAAAAAAAAGUAUACCCAAAGAUGUGUAUAUGUGUGUUUAAAGGUUUGUUGGUUGGAAUUAACUUUUGACCUUUGCGAUUGUAUUUCCUGUUGGUUUGAGGCUCUGCGGUGCACGAAGUGUUCAGCCAGCGAUGCUUCAGUCCCCGAGAGGUUUGAGAGAUUUGAGCUGUCACCAUCAGUGCUUACAUUUUCUAAUGAAUUUGUGGCCGUAUGAUUACACUAUGAUUAGAAGAGGCAGUAUAUAGUAAUAUCUUUCCUUACUUGCUGCUUUAUCCUCUACAGCACAAACCAGAAAUCUAUUCCCCUUCUCAAACAUUCUCAAACAGUUGAUUGCGCCCCCUGCUGGAGGUGGAGUGCAAUGAACUGCACUGGAUUUUGCAUUUAAAAGCAGCAACGUUUAUUUUCUGGCCUCUUAAAACUUCUCCCGGGAAAGAAGGAUCGCAAAGCUACACCAGACCAGACGUGCAAGGUCACAGUCCUCUCUCUCUCCUUUUUUUUUUUUUUUUUUUUUUUGCAUUUAAAUGAUUGUAUAAUCUAAAGAAAGAAUGGGGGAUAAUGGUUUAGGAAAGUUUAGACAGGAAAAAAAAUAUAAAAAAACUCAGGUUGUUCCCAGCAGCUUUGUGCUGCAGGUGUCUCAUUUAAAGAAAAAAAAAGUGUCCCGUAGUGAUGAUGUAGUAAUUUCUCCCCUCUGAAUUCUCAAUACUAGUCUGAUUUUUUUUUUUUUUUUUUUUUUGCGUGUCCUUUUAAACAUUAUGAAAGAAAUUAUUUCUCAAUUUGCUAAAAAUCAUUAGUUUGAUUAGUUUCCUCUUUUUUUUUUUUUUCUUGUUACUUUUUCCCCCCCCUCUAACAAAAAGUACAAAUACUUCACACCACUCGACUCGUUGGCCCUUUUAGAAUGUAUUUUGUGAAGAAAAGGGAUAAAUGGGUUCUUGUUGACGCUCGCUCUCUGCUACCGGCCCCUGUGAGAGACGCAGGACAGAGGUGGUGGUGGAGGUCCGUCUGGUGUUGCGAAACAAAUAGUUGUGUUUGUUUCUAAACGAGCUGAGACAUCAGCCGAAAUGGGCCGCCCAGACGGUUUCCCCCCCCCGUGUCCUGCUCUCCCAGUGCCUGGUUGGCCGUGGAGUGAGCUCAGUGUUUGUGCGCUGCGUCUGCGAUAUCUAAGCAGAAAUCCACUGAAUGUAUCCUCUCUCAGUCCAAGAGGCAGGGCGAGCCGCCGUGACCGGCUGAAUUUAGACGACCGCUGCUGACUCGUGCCGAUCCGAACCGAUCUGUGUGUGUUUUUAUCAGUUUAAUCUGGCUGUUUAUGCUCUCCCACCCGCUUACCACACAUUCACACGCAGAGGUGGAUGGAAAGGCAAAAGUCAGGUCUUAAGUCUAGGUAACGCACAGGAGACUAUUAUAAUGGCCACUUGGUGCUCUCUCUGUACUCUUUGGACUUUAAACAUUUCCUAUGCAGUUCUUUUGGUUUUUUUCUAUUUUGUUUACGCCUAAAUAAAGUUGUAUUUCUUUGACUUUAAAA